UACAUAUGCAUGAGCACGCUUACGUUGACAAACAAAAUUAUCAUUGCCUCGGCAAUUACUGUACGGAACAAUAGAGAAAUAUGUAUAACUACUAACCAGUUGUUCGCAAUAUAGACAGAAAGAGAAGAACUGAGGAAGAAAGAGGUCAGCAAACGAGUCGUAUACAUCACAUUUUCCACUUCUCUACAACAUAAGUUCAUUGACAUUUAAAGCCAGUUUUGCUGCAGACUCUUGAGAAAUAUGUGCAUCAGUAAAUGUACAUCCGUUCUUCCACGGAGUAACGGAUCGGAGUAAACCUCGCUUGAGACUCGUUGCUACCAUUGGAGUUACUACCGGUGUAUACACGUUUGACAGGAAUACCAAGUGCGUGAAAAAUGUUGAAUCGAGCGAAUAAAUGGACGAGAUCGUGUAAGAAAACUGGUUCGGACGUUUAACCUCGACUCUUCGAUAGCGAGCUGAAUAAGAAUCAAAUUUAUAAUCGUUCUUAUAAAUAGUAGUGUGACGUAUUAAUUAAUUUCAAGUGUAUUCAGUGACUCGAUCGAACACUUUUCUCAAAACUACGAAUAUUUUAAAAAACAGACAUUCAGAUUCAUUUUUUUUAUCUCUGCUUUGUUUUUCGAGAAAAGAAAACAUCUUUGAGGUUGAGGCGACUUGAGUUAUUUAUCUAAACGACGUCAAUGAAACCUAUCAAUGAUAACAACUAAAUCAUUUUCACAACGAAACGAUCUACUUGAAUUCACUCGUCAAGCUGAUUCACGACGGUGUCGUUCUAUUUGGUGUCACGAACUAUGUUCAAAUAAAUCGAGGCCUGUCAUUAAAUGAAAAUCUCUUCUAACCAAAAAUUGAAUAUUCAUAUUAUUUGACAUUCUGUUAAUAAGGAUUCGAUUAUUGUACUUUUUUACCAUAGAAUUAUUGACUACACUCGUUAAAUAUUUUGGAAUAUUUCGAAUGGUUGUACUCGAAGAAAAAUCAUCGAUACGUACGACGUAAAGUGAUCGAUACGUGCGUACAAGGACGGCGGUCCUUUUCUUUAUUUAAGAAGAAGAAAGAUAUCUCGAUAGAGUCUCUAGCUCGUCAAGCUGAUCAGUUAUACGCCAACAGUAGAAGGAGACGGUUUCGAAACGUCUCUCCGUGAUCGGUUCGCUUACUAUCGAUUUUACUUUCAACGAGAUGGCGAGCGUUGAUAAUGAUUUGGAGGAGCUAAUGGGACAUCUCGGAGAAUUUGGAAAAUAUCAAUUCUGGCAAUUCUCUUUACACAUCGUUGGAGCUUUGACUGCCGGAUUACACAUGUUAACUUUAUUGACUGUUGCUGCAGUACCUGCUCACAAAUGCGUUGUACCAGUUAUUAAGUCCACUCUUAUAGAUGUAUUCAACGAUUCGUUGGUAGUAACGAACAUAACUAACACGAUCACUGAAUCAGAGCCAUUGGACACUUGUAAUUAUUUGGAUGAAUUUAACGUGACGAAGAAAUGCGAAUCUUGGACAUAUGACACGGAAUAUUUCAAAUCAUCACGUGGUAUGGAGUGGAAUUUUGUUUGUUCGCGUAGAUGGAUGGGUGCAAUGGCUCAGUCGGCGUAUAUGUUCGGUGUGUUCAUUGGUGCCGUGACCUUGGGCAGUCUCGCCGAUAAAUACGGAAGGAAGAUAAUCUUCUACGUCUCCGCGGUAUUGCAACUGAUACUCGGUACCAUGGUCGCUUUGGUCAACGAGUAUUACACCUUCCUUCUCGUGAGAUUCCUCUACGGUGUCUUUGGCUCAGCUGGGUCUUACAUAACAGGAUUUGUACUGACGAUGGAACUAGUGGGCGCUUCGAAGAGAACCAUCUGCGGUAUAAUGUUCCAAUUCGCUUUCGCAACUGGUUUUAUGUUAGUCGCUGCUUGGGGUGCCCUGAUAAAGGAUCGAACCUGGUUACAAAUCAUUUAUGGACUACACAGUGCGCUAAUGCUAGGACACUGGUGGCUCAUGGAUGAAUCCCCAAGAUGGUUAUGGGCUCAAGGCCGAACUAAGGAGGCCGUGGAAAUCGUGAGGAAGGCAUUAAAGAUGAACGGGAAUAACGUGGACUUGAAUAGCGGAAAAUUUCUCUCGAGAUCGAAGAUACAGCAAAGUUCCGAGGAAGAUCAAACUCAUAGCGGAAUCGAUUUAUUGAAAACUCCGAAUCUUCGAAAGAAAACCUUGAACGUAUGCCUCAAUUGGUUCGCCAAUUCGAUUGUUUACUACGGCUUAUCUUUGAAUUCCGGAAAUCUCGUAGGCAAUCCUUAUUUAAUGCUCUUCCUGAGCGGCCUCGUCGAGCUGCCAUCGUAUAUUAUGUUGAUAUUCCUGAUGGAUCGUACCGGUAGAAGGUGUCUAGUUAGUACAUUCAUGUUGAUCGGCGGACUUUGCUGUAUAUGCGCAACUUUCGUCCCAAAAGAGGACAAUACUGGAGCAACAGCGACAGCUGUUAUAGUAUUGUUCGGUAAAGCCUGUAUCGCGGCAUCCUUCGCAGUGAUCUAUAAUUACACAGCCGAACUAUUUCCCACGGUGGUGAGGAACACGGCCCUUGGUAUUGGCUCCAUGUGCGCUCGUCUCAGCGGCGCCUUAACGCCGUUGAUCAUGCUCUUAGAUUUUCUAGAUCCGAAAGUACCAGCCACGUUGUUCGGUCUAGUAGCCUUGGCCUCUGGCUUCUUAGCUCUUUAUCUACCGGAAACCGUAAAUCAGCCGAUGCCGGAGACAAUCGAGGACGGUGAGAACUUCGGUAAACACGACACGUGCUUCACCACCUGCCUUGGCGAUAGAAAGCACGAUUAUGUCGACACUUACGAAGUCACUCUUGAUCAAGUGACCGAUAAAGACGAAAAAGACAAAUUGAACGAAAGUUAAUUGCAUCUUGAUCUACGCUUAUAUUAUAAAUUCUAUUCAACGAA